GAUAAGAACCUAUAGAUGAAGAAAGAAGAAUAUAACAUAAGAAAUAUAUAAAACUGAUUGCUAAAUGUUAAGGAUUAAGCUUUAAAAUUUUUUCAUCUCUUCUUUCCCAAUUAGGCAUGGCUAAACCAUUUUUGUAACGUCAGGAAAUCAUUGAGAGAUAGAAAAAAAAUCGAAAGCCUAAAAACUUGGCAGUCAAAACCUUUUGAACCAACCAUACCCAAAAGAGCUAUAUUCAAUUCAAUUCAACCCAUACAUCAACCAAUCAUCGUUAUUUGUAGCCGUGCUAUAUCUCUAUACUUGAUCAUUGGAAAAUAAUAACAAGAUGUCUAAUAAGGAGUUGUUUGCUUGGGGUGAGGAUAUGAAUCUGGUAAAGGGAUUUGUAUCUCAACUACAGGCUACACUUAAUCAAAUAUUGGCGAAGACGCCCACCAUUGAUGAGUUUAGAGAGUUGGCGAAUCAAUUACGUACAAGUCCUACUAGUGCAGCAGAUGACAAUUUGAAAAUAUUAUCAGAAAGAGUAAGAGCAACUAUGGUUUCACCUCAAAUUAAAGUGGCAGUGAGAUUAAAGCAAUUAUUUGAUUUUGAUGAGUUACCAUUACUACAAAUGUUAACCAAAAUCAGUUUUAAAGCCAAUUCCACUACUGAUAGAUACGUUAAUCAUUUCAUAGAUUAUGUCCCAUCAAGAUCAAAUAAGGAAUUAAAAGAAACUUUAAGACGUGAAGAAGGUGGUGAUAGAUCAUAUUUAGAAGAUGAACGUAAAAUUGGUUUAAUGCCAUAUCCACCAACUUUACCAGUAAUAAUGAAUGACUCACUUUUAAUAAGAAUGCAGACCGAUGUUUCGUAUAGACAACCAUCUGAUUUUAUAGAGCUGGAAGCUGGUUUAAAAGAUUAUAAUCAAUCACAUAAUGGAAAAUUAGCCAUUAAAGGUAGAUCAAUUAUGGAACUUUAUCUUUUUGAGAUUUUGGAUGAAACAUUUCCUGGUUUAUCAGGUAAUGAAAUUGAAGUUUUCCGUUAUAAGUUAUUAUCUAAUCAAAUUUUAACCAAAUUGGCUUUUGCAUAUAAUUUGAAUGAAAAUUGUAAAUAUAACUUUUCUAAACAAAUUGAUAUUGAAGCUAAAUUGGAAAUGUUUAGUCGAUUAUUUUUAGCUUAUGUGGGUGGAGUUUCAUUGGAUAAUUAUAGUCCAUAUUAUAUGAAAUUAUGGAUUAAAAAAUUAUAUUUACCAAUAAUUCAAGAAUUAAAGGAAACAUUAGCUAUUGAAUCCAGAACUGAUAUCGUAUUGGCACAAUUACAAAUGUUAUUUACAGAAAUCACCAAUUUCACGGCAUUUCCAACGAAUUUGGCAUCAUUAAAAUUCGUUCAAGUCGAAUCAGAUCCAUAUGUUGCUCAAGUUUUAAUUAAUGACGAACCAUUUUCUCUGGGUACUAGUAGUAUUAGUUUUGAAGAUGCUAAAUUAAAAGCUGCUAAUGAAAUAUUAAAUAGUGAGGUUCAUAAAACCAAUAUAUCAAGAAUUUUAUUAGGUUCAGAUCCUAAUAGUAUAAGUCAUCAACUGAAUAAAGAAAAUCAACGAGAUGAUCCAUUUGAUAAUAGUCAUACCAUACAUCCAUUUACACAACAGGAAAAAGAAGAAUAUUAUAGAACUCAUAGUGUAAGUCCACCUAAACAUAAUUCAUUAAUGCAUCAUACUCAACCAUUAGCUCCACAAAAUCAAUUAGCUCCAACUUCAUAUCGUUCUACAUCUCCACCUCAAAGUAUUAUAUCACCUAAAUUUGGAGCUUUACAACCCUAUGGUUCAAAUCUAACUAAUUCUACUAUUCCAUAUAAUUUACCUUAUACUCAACAAGAUUUAAGUCUUAAAGUUGAUAAAGAUGCUAAAAAUACAUUGUAUGCAUUAUUGGGUAGAGUUAAAUUACAACCUAUGUAUGAAUAUGGAGUUAUUCCCAAUGGAUGCCAAGCUACUGUAUUCACUGAUGCUCAUGCUAAGGGAAUGGGAAGAGUUAUAUUAGGUAGUGGAGUUGAAAGUAAUAAGAAAUUAGCGGGUCAAAAAGCAGCUAUGGAAGCAUUAAAUAAUAGAUCUGUAUUGGAAGCAUUAGGAUUAGGAUCAGGAUUAGGUGGUAUGCAAUAUUAGUCAAAAAGUUAAUUCAUUAAUUAGUUAGUUAGUUAAUGUAAUUGUAAUAAUAGUAGCUAAUGAAAUUAUAAAUGAUUGCUGCAAAACAUGUGUUAUGAUUAAUUUACAUUAAAUAUGUAUAGUCCCGGUCUUCAAAUAUGAUUCGGUCUUUAGUCAUGUGACUUAAUUCCCUCACUGUAAUCCGACUUGUCCCGAAUCUCAACUCAACGUUGACAGCCUAAAAAAAAAAAGAAAUUAAUUACAGUUUAAGUUUUUAAAGUGUAAGUGUGUAGAGCG